AUGUCUGUCUCGGAGAAGGUGGUGCCAGCAUCAUCAGUUUCUUCGUCGUCAGAUUUGGAUCCGCUGUUGAAGGAUCUUACGGAGAAGAAGUUGAGCUUUAGGAGGAACGUGGUAUCAUUGGCUGCCGAGCUCAAGGAUGUGAGGAACAGGCUUGCUUCCCAGGAACAGCUGUUUGUAAGGGAAUCUCAAACUAGAAAGGUUGUGGAGACAAAAGCAAGGAGCAUGGAAGAGGAAGUAAGCAAGCUGCAGAAAUGCUUACAGGACAAGGAUGAGCAACUGCGUUCAUCCACAAGUAGCACGGAACAGUACCUCCAUGAGUUGGAUGAUCUUAGAACACAACUGUCAUUUACUCAAGCUACAGCAGAAGCAAGUGCUGCAUCAGCCAAGUCAGCUCAGAUGCAGUGCUUGUCAUUGCUGAAAGAGCUGAAUGAGAAGGACAUCUCGCUCAAAGAGCAUGAACUUCGAGUGAACAAGCUAGGUGAGCAGCUUGAUCUUCUCCAGAAGGAUCUGCAAGCAAGGGAGCUCUCACAAAUGCAACUUAAAGAUGAAGUAAUAAGAAUUGAGACCGACAUCAUGGACGCAGUUGCCAAAGCUGGGUCUAGGUCUGACAAAGAUAAUGAGCUGUUAAAGAUCUUAUCUGAUGUUUCACCAAGGAAUGUCCAGAACCUCAACAACCUUUUGAAUGCUAAGGAUACAGAGAUUGCGAGGUUGAGAGAGGAAAUCAGAAUAUUGUCUGCUCACUGGACGAACAAAACCAAGGAACUUGAAUCACAGUUAGAAAAGCACCGGAGAACUGAUCAGGAGCUGAAGAAGAGGGUUCUGAAGCUUGAAUUUUGCCUUCAAGAAUCUCAGUCUCAGAUGCGAAAAUUAAAGAGGAUGGGGGAGAAAAGAGACAAGGCUCUCAAGGAGCUCAUGGACCAGGUGGCCAUGAAGCAGCCCAACAGUAUGUGCCAUGGCAACAAGGAGAAUUUUUGGGAGAGCCAGGGAUUCAAGUUCAUUGCCUCUAUGUCGAUGCUGGCACUAGUGAUCCUCGCAAAGCGAUGA